AAGCUACAGAGAGAGCCUCCGGAUCCUAGAUCGGAAUAUUAGUGGUAGCAUUAAUUUGUCAAUCUGACCUUUGUUAUUCUGAUUUAGGUUCAUAUUUAAAUACACAAACACACACAAUUAUCUCAAUUUCUAACAGGGUUAGCUGUGUUUAUAAAUAUACAGUGUAAAACAGCUCGUCGUGCAGUGUACUUGGUGAGCUGAAAAUUUUGCUGCGCCACUUAGCAACUCAAACAGCCAGCUGUCGGUAGGAUUCAACAAAAGAGAAACACACCGGACGAGCCGUCUCCGCUGUCCAAGGUUCGAUUGCAUCUACGCUUAAACCGGUUACUUACAAGAGACUCAUAAUAUCCGAGGCAUAGGAAGUAAAGACAAAGAGGUAAGCAAUACAAAACAACCACAGAGGUGAAUCAUUUCAUUACCCUGCCUAUAAUACUUCAACAGACUUUCUUGGAGAAUACUUUCACUAUACACCCUAAUUACAAUUUGAAUAUAGUUUUUACAAAAUACCUUCAUUGCACAAUGUCUUAUAUCAGUAAGGAUGAUGGUGAUUACCCCUUGUUUAAUAUGUGCAACACUGGAAGUGAUGAUCAGGAUCAGAAAACCUGUAAAUUUAAAACAGCCAGAUCGAAUGGGCAUUCAAAGUCACUGUCAAGCACUGAGACUCAGUGGGACAUAAAUAACAGAAUGCAGCAUUCUCCAGUUUCAUUGGAACAGGACUCAGUGGUGAAUAAUGGAUCAGGCAUUCCUUGUAAUUCUACAGAGGAUACAAAGGACCCAGCCUUCCAGAUCAUCAACCAACCUUUGUCGGGAAGUGAGGUCCACAAGAUAGCUUCUCCAAAACACCAUCAACACCCAUACCUUACCAAAACUAGUAUGCAGGGGGAUGUUUACAACUUUCUAGAGAGGCCGAGUGGACUUAAAUGUUUCCUCUAUCAUUUCACUGUGUUCUUAAUGGUACUCAUCUGCCUAAUUUUUAGUGUGUUGUCCACAAUAGAACAAUAUGCUGAAUUUGCAAGUGGUACCCUCUUCUGGAUGGAAAUUGUUCUUGUAGUGUUUUUUGGUUCUGAAUAUGUGGUCCGCCUCUGGUCUGCAGGAUGCAGAAGUAAAUACAUAGGAUUCAAAGGAAGACUUCGAUUUGCAAGAAAGCCUAUUUCAAUCAUUGAUUUGAUUGUAGUAAUUGCCUCUGUGAUUGUACUAAGUGUUGGGUCUAAUGGACAAGUAUUUGCCACUUCAGCAAUCAGGGGAAUUCGCUUUCUACAAAUUCUUCGCAUGCUUCAUGUGGACCGACAGGGAGGAACUUGGAGGCUAUUGGGAUCUGUUGUUUUCAUUCAUAGACAGGAAUUAAUAACAACAUUAUAUAUUGGCUUCUUGGGUCUUAUCUUUUCCUCUUACUUUGUAUAUUUGGCUGAAAAAGAUGCUGUAGAUGAAGAAGGAAAGACAGGAUUUGCCAGCUAUGCUGAUGCCUUAUGGUGGGGAGUGGUUACUGUUACUACAAUAGGAUAUGGUGAUAAAGUACCACAGACUUGGAUUGGAAAGACAAUUGCAUCUUGUUUUUCUGUGUUUGCCAUCUCAUUUUUUGCUCUUCCUGCGGGAAUCUUGGGUUCAGGUUUUGCUCUGAAAGUUCAACAGAAGCAACGGCAAAAGCACUUCAACAGACAGAUUCCUGCAGCAGCAUCACUGAUCCAGACUCUCUGGAGAUGUUAUGCUGCUGAAAAGUCCAGUGGUGGCUCUGUAUCAUGGAAAAUCUACAUAAUGCCUGCUGAAUACAUUUCCAGUGUUGCAACGGAUGGCUCCAGUCCAAACCUUAGGAAAAUGAGUAAGAGGUACAAAAGAAAACUGAAAGGGGGCCGUGAUAAUGAAAUCACAGUUGCUUUAAAUACACCUGAUCAAGUCUUAUCCAUUCCUCAAAUCACCUACGAUGACAUCAGCGACAAAGAGGAUAAGAAAGAAAUUGCAUUUUAUAGUGAUGAAUCAACAAGUUUUACAAGAAUGAUACGACAAACAGACAAUAAUCUUUGCACAAAGAAACAAACUUCUCCACCUGUCUCCUACUCUCUGUCUCCUCCCCCCGAUCAAUACACCCCAUAA